AUGCGGGUAGCGGACCUAUUGUCGAGUUCCUGCCAGGGACUAUCGCUAUCCCCAGCAUUGACUCCAAAGUCGGCAGUCAAUCCUCCUCUCUCCUCCUCUUCCUCUUCUUCCUCUCGUUUUUCUGCUUCUGCUACUUCUUCUGCUGCUGCUAUUGCCAACAUCGCUCCAUCAUCCUCUUGCUACAAUGCCUCGCUCUUUAGCGGUGGCCUCUCCGGUCUCACUUCUAGACCCGCUGUCAUCAAGCCAAGUCCAGAACCCACAGCAGCCAAGAACGUUUCUCUUUCCAAUGGAUCGACCCAUGGUGGAUCAAAUCAGGCACAGGCGAAUUCCAGGGCGGAUGUGGAGGUGGUUGUACCCAAAGUCGAGCAAGAUCCCCUCCUUGUGCCAAGACAGUAUCAGAUCGAACUAUUCAAGAAAGCAUUGGGCUCCAACAUCAUCGCAGUCAUGGACACAGGAAGCGGCAAGACGCUUGUGGCGGUGAUGUUGAUCAAGGAGAUGAUCCAACGAGAACAAGAGGCAUGGAGAAACUUGGCAGAGCGUAAGAUCUGCUUUUUCAUUGUCCACAACGUGCCCCUCGUCUUCCAGCAGGCAGCCGUCAUUCGAUCCAACUGUGCGGGCGAGGUCAUCGAGAUGUGCGGACCAAACCAGAAGAACAAGUUCCAGAAAGACUGGGACGUAGUCUUUGAAACGGCGGACGUCAUCGUUUUGACAGCACAGAUCCUAUCAGACCUUUUGCGGCACGGCUAUAUCAAGAUGAACAGGAUUCACCUGCUAGUCUUCGAUGAGUGUCAUCACGCAAGAAAAGAUCACCCCUUUUGCAAAAUCAUGAAGGAAUUCUACCACAAUACCCCGGAACGGGAUCGACCCAAGGUCUUUGGAAUGACCGCAUCGCCAUCCAUGGACACUGGAUCAAAACUCUACCAUUCCGCCAAAGAGCUCGAAUCGCUCAUGGACGCACGUAUUUUUACGGUCGACCAGGAGAUGGUGCAGUCUUAUGUCCAACGACCCAGCGAGUUUGUUGUCCAUUAUCACUCACCUCCACUCUAUAACCCAACAAAGCUCACUCAUCAGCUACGUGAGCAAUGCUUCACGCUCCCAAGGCUGGAAUCGCCCUUUUCAUCGGUGACCCAUAACCUGAAACAUCUUGGACCCUGGUGCGUCGAUCGUCUUUGGAAGCUGUACCUGCAUAGGCUUGCAGAAGCAAGUAAUUUCAAGCAGUUGGAUCACGAUGCCAGGGCCGCGGUCAACAUUUCAAAGUCUCUAUCACUUCGGAAGCCGGUCUGCGACGAGUCGUAUUUAUCACCCAAGGUUCUCAAGCUUGUCCAGCUUCUGCGGGUCGCCGUUGAAGGUCUGGGAGACGACUUUUGUGGGAUCAUUUUUGUGGAGAGGCGAGAUACGGCUAUGGCGCUGUGCUUGUUGCUAGAGGAGCUCGAAGAGUUUCAGGACAUCUUCCGCGUCCAGAUUCUUGCCGGCCAUGGAGAAGGCGGCGAACAAGUCUUGCGCAUGACCUUUCAGGAGCAAACCGCCAUCAUUUCCUACUUUCGUCACAGGGUUUACAAUUUGCUGGUCGCAACCAGUGUCGGCGAAGAGGGUCUUGAUAUUCAACCCUGCAACGUUGUUAUCAGAUUCGAUCCUGCAUCCACGCCUAUCAGUUACAUUCAAUCUCGAGGACGAGCCAGGAAAGCCAAUUCGCGAUUUAUCAUCAUGCAGGAGCUCGACAAUCGGGCCGAGGAAGCGACAUUCGAAAAAAUUAAGUACUCUGAAAAGAAUAUGAAGGAAUGGUGCCAUAGCCUCGAUGACGAGCGCCUCAUGCGGAGCCCGAUAGACAUGGACGACGAUGAUGUGUUGGACAAGCUGGCGCCUGCGCAAAUAUAUCGGGUACCUUCAACAGGAGCAAUUCUCACCUUGGAUUCGGCCGUGGCCCUCGUACACUAUUACUGCAGCACCCUCGCAGGCGAUGAGUUUUGUUCUCUUCGGCCUAAUUUCAACAUCAUGUCUAAUGGUGCAUCGGGAUUUAUAUGCGACCUCAUCUUGCCGCCCAAUGCCCCCAUCCGUAUUGUUCAAUCCGAUCGAACAUCGACCAAAAGCAUGGCGAAGAAGAGCGCGGCAUUCAAAGCUUGCGAAAAGCUCCAUAGUCUCCAUGCCCUGAACGACAAUCUGCUUCCCAUCAUGGUUGAUCUGGCCAAGGAUGAGAAGCCUGGGGAAGAAAAAGCGGUGGACAACAAAGACAAGAACAAGUCGUAUCCAAUGGCCUCGCCUACAUUCUGGAAGCGCUCGCCUUCACUCACGGAGACGAUUCCGCUCUUUGGUUGUGUGAUGGAACUUACAAAGGAGGAUCUGGAUCAACUGGGUGGCAAGUCUCGAUUCCGCACAAUGUGCCUUUUGACCUAUCAACCACUGCCGUGCGACAUUUCCCCGUUCAAUCUUUAUGUUGAGGGCGCUCCUAGAUUGGUCACACUUAAGAGCAGUCCGGUACCGAUGCAGGUGGAUGAGGGACGACGAAAGCUGCUGAAGCAGUUCACGCUCAAUCUGUUCCAGAGAAUGUGUCGCAAGACGUUCGAGUGUGCGUUGGAGGGCUUGCCAUAUUUUGUCGCCCCACUCACCAAGACUUACGUGGCUGGCUCACCACUUCAAACAGGAAUUGCUUGGGACAAUGUAAAGUUGGGUCAGAGUCUGGAGCCUUUGCCGAUUACAGAGGAAGACAAGGUGGAGGCAUUCAUUAUGGACUCUGUCGUGACCCUCCGUACCGAUUACGGCCGCGACUUUUUUAUCAAGAAGAUAUUGCGGAUAUACAGGGUCAAGGAUGUGAUGCCACCCGAAGAUUUCAAGCAGGAAUUGGCGGCUUGGGACGUGGCUAUCGCGAAGGGGAAGGCCACUGCCCUAGAGCUUUCCAAUGGUUCAGAUGCGAGAGCUGAGGGCAGGACAUUCGCAGCGUAUUUCAAAUGGAAGUACAGCACGGAUUGCACCAACGACGAUCUUAUUUUAUCGGUGGAUCGAGUGCGUAAGAUGAGGAACCAUCUUCAACCGGCUGUUCGUGAUGAGGAGAGGCGGGAUGAUGCCUCUGCAAACAUUGUCCCGCUCAGCGCAUGCAUGCGUUGCUCUGUAAGCGCGGACGUACUUCGAAUGUCACAGCUGGUUCCUUCAAUUCUUUUUAGUCUUGACUCAACUUUGCUUGUGCAGGAAGUUCGGAUGAAGUUCGGGUUUAUGAGGACUCGGCUGGAUCUUUUACAAGUGGCAUUCACAACCUCAUCAGCAAACAGAGACUACCAGUACGAGCGCCUCGAGUUUUUGGGUGACUCUUUUCUUAAGUUUGCAUCCACUAUCCGACUCUACAUAAUCAACCCCUCCAAGGACGAAGGACAGCUUCACGCCAGCCGUAUACGCAUCAUUUCCAACAGGGCACUUCUCGGUCAUGCCACCAAACUGGAGCUGUAUCGAUAUGUCACCAGUAUUCCGUUCCAUCGCAAGUCGUGGAGACCAACCCAAUUUGUGGUCGAUGGCAAACCCUGUAAGGAGGUCCAGUAUCAGAAUCUGUCGAACAAGACGCUCGCAGAUAUUGUUGAGGCAUCUCUGGGCGCCGCCUAUCUGAGUGGAGGGGUCACCAACGGAUUUCAUGUGGCGAAGACACUCGGCAUUCCAUUUGAUGAGUUUGCAGAAUGGAGUGAUUUCCAUCGAGUCUUUUCUCGAAUGAAAAUGGCGACCCUGGAUAACUCUGAAGACCGGACCAGCAAGUCCAUGUUGACAAGAGGCCAACUCUUGAAUAUCCAGGAUGUUCAGAAGUUGCUCGAUUAUGAGUUCAAGGAUCCGUUUUUAUUCGUUGAGGCAAUGACACACGCAUCCCAUAUCAGGAACGACUCUGUUUGUUAUCAGCGACUGGAAUUCUUGGGCGAUGCCGUUUUGGAUUUCCAAGUGGUCCGGUACUGCUAUGAGAAGUAUCCAAGCGCGCCUCCAGGGGCAGUUACUCUCAUCAAGGACGCGUCCGUCAACAAUGCGAUUCUGGGUGCGAUCUCCAUCAAUUGGGGUUUACAUCAUUAUCUGAACCAUUACUCGUCGACGCUGGUGGGCGCAAUUGCCCGAGCGAUUGUGUCACUUGAGUUCAAGACGGAGCAGUCACCGACCAAGACACUGGAGGGCGAGUACUGGUCUGAUAUUACGAUGCCGAAGGUCCUGGGAGAUUUGGUCGAGAGUACGCUAGGUGCGGUGUUUGUGGACUCUGGAUUUGACUUUGAUGUGAUUUCGGGAUUGUUUGCGCGUCUGAUCCAGCCGUUCCUGGAUAAGCACGUGAACUUUGAGAACAUCGUCAUCCAUCCAAGCAAAGCUCUGUUGGAAUCACUCCAGGCCAAGGGUUGCAACAACUUUGCGUUUGAGAACGAGGAUGGCGCACAGGAAAACAGCAGGAGUCGAACGCUCAGACGUCUGGGACUGGGUGCUCAUAAUCAGCAGACCGCAGAGGGUGCCAGGAGCAUGAAAUGCCAUUUUAAGAUCCACGACAAGAUCGUAGCAACAGCGACAGGGGAUCAAGUAGAGGACUUGCGGAAGGAGGUGGCGAUUGCGACAAUGGCUCUCCUGAAGGGCGACACAGAGCUGCUCGGCACCCUGUGCACCUGUCCGAAGAGAAGCGGUGCACGGCACAAGUCUGUCCUGGAUCGUUAUCGGGAGUGA